AUGAGCUAUCUUGCCAGAGCCUUCAAACAAGUCAGAGCUGUUCGUUUCUACUCGCCAGUUCCAGAGGGCGCCUAUGAAAAGCAAAUCUAUACCAUCUUGGAAGAUCGUUUCAAGCCUUCUAACCUCGAAGUUAAAGAUGUCUCUGGUGGAUGUGGAUCCAUGUUUGCUAUUUUAGUUGAAAGUACUGAAUUCAAAGGCAUUCCUAUGAUCAAACAACACAGAUUAGUUAACGAAGUGUUGAAGGAUGAGAUUUCCAAAUGGCACGGUUUACAGUUGAAAACUAAGGGAGUUUGA